GAGCCGCCCUGUGCGCGGCUGCCGCUGCGGCUGCAACCGUCUGUUGGCGGAGCCACUUCGCUCCUCUCCGGUCGCCGCAGCCACAUGCCCACGCUCCGCGCCGGCUGCACGCGCGCCCUCUCCCCCCCCCCGCCCUGCACGCGCGCAGCCCCGGGGGCAGAGACCCGCGCGCUCUCCCUCCCCCCACCCCGGGCGGGUUCCCCUCCCCUCCCCUCCCCUCCCCGCCGCGCCGCGCCGCGCGCGCUGCCCACUGCCCCGCGCGUCAGUCCCCCGCGCCCCGCUGGGCACGCUCCGCGGGAGCAUGGAUCCGGCGCAGUGAAGCCCGCCGGAGGAAGCCGGGACGGCGCUGACGAGAGGGCAGAGGCGCGCGGGUUGUCGCUGAAAUAAGGACUUUUUAAAAAAAUUGCUUCCUUCCCUUUUUUGGGGGGUGGCUCAUUCCCUUCCCCCCCCCCCCGCAUCCUCUUGGACAGUUUUCCCUCACCCCCCUCCCCGGGCCAGGCGGUCUUUUUUUUGAAGGGGGGGGGGCUUUUAAAUUAUUUUUUUAAAACCCUUUUUUUAAAAAAAAAAAAAAAAGGCGGUCCCCGUUCAGCCAGUAGCCCCGGGCUGCAAUGGAUUUUACCGGCGGCUCGGGCGGGGGCAGCGAUCGCCGCCAGAUCGAGGAGAGCAAGCCGCUGCUGGGUGAAAUGUCUGCUACGGAGGGGAGUAAAAUGGGUGCUGCUCGUUGCAGGCGACCCCUUCUGCACUGCAAUGGCAUGAGGUAUAAACUGCUGCAAGAGGGGGACAUCCAGGUUUGUGUCAUCCGACACCCCCGGACAUUUCUUAGCAAGAUCCUCACCUCCAAAUUUUUGAGGAGGUGGGAGCCUCAUCAUGUAACCCUGGCGGAUAACAGCUUAGCCUCGGCGACACCAAUUGGGUAUAUGGAAAACUCAAUUUCCUACAGUGCUAUUGAAGACGUUCAGCUGCUCUCCUGGGAGAAUGCCCCUAAGUACUGUUUACAGCUCACAAUUCCUGGGGGUACAGUCUUACUGCAGGCUGCAAACAGUUACCUGAGGGAUCAGUGGUUUCAUUCUUUGCAGUGGAAGAAAAAGAUUUAUAAGUACAAGAAAGUGCUUAGUAACCCAAGCCGUUGGGAGGUUGUUUUGAAGGAAAUUAGGACACUGGUGGACAUGGCGCUAAACUCUCCACUACAGGAUGAUUCCAUCCACCAAGCACCACUGGAGAUUGUCUCAAAGCUGCUCUCGGAGAACACCAACUUAACCACUCAAGACCAUGAGAGCAUUAUUGUGGCAAUUGCACCUUUGCUGGAAAACAAUCACCCUCCACCUGACCUCUGUGAAUUCUUCUGCAAGCACUGCAGAGAACGCCCUCGGUCCAUGGUUGUCAUAGAAGUGUUCACACCAGUGGUACAGAGAAUCCUCAAACACAACAUGGAUUUUGGGAAGUGCCCUCGGUUGAGGCUGUUUACUCAGGAGUAUAUUCUGGCUCUGAAUGAACUGAAUGCUGGCAUGGAGGUGGUGAAGAAGUUCAUUCAUAGCAUGCAUGGUCCCACUGGACAAUGCCCCCAUCCCAGGGUCCUGCCGAAUCUUGUAGCUGUCUGCUUAGCAGCCAUUUAUUCUUGUUAUGAGGAAUUUAUCAACAGUCGAGACAAUUCUCCAAGCCUGAAGGAAAUUCGCAACGGCUGCCAACAGCAAUGUGACCGAAAGUCUAACUUACCCCUCCGGCUUCUCCACACAAGUCCUGACCUGGUCUCUCAAGAGGCCACCUUAAGCGAAUCUCGCCUCAAAUCAGUCAUUGUCACAUCGAACGAGAUCCACGUGGAAGUGGAGCGUAACAACACAGCUAACCAGAAGAUGACGGCCAAUGUCGGCAAUGAUAGUGAGCCCAACUUGAUUGACUGCCUGAUGGUCAGCCCCACCUGUAGCACCAUGAGCAUCGAGCUGAGUGCCCAGGCAGACAGGAUUCUUGGCUGCUACGUGGAAAUACUCAAAAUGCUGUCGGACUAUGAUGACUGGAGACCAGCUCUGGCCAGCUUGCUUCAACCUAUCCCAUUUCCCAAGGAGGCUCUCGCACAUGAGAAAUUCACAAAGGAGCUGAAAUAUGUGAUUCAAAGAUUUGCGGAAGACCCAAGACAAGAAGUCCACUCGUGUUUGCUGAGUGUGCGGGCUGGCAAAGAUGGCUGGUUCCAGCUAUACAGUCCUGGGGGAGUGGCCUGUGAUGACGACGGAGAACUAUUUGCCAGUAUGGUUCAUAUUUUAAUGGGGUCUUGUUAUAAGACAAAAAAAUUCCUGCUUUCGCUGGCUGAAAACAAACUUGGUCCCUGCAUGCUACUGGCUCUGAGGGGCAACCAGACCAUGGUGGAGAUUCUGUGUUUGAUGCUGGAAUAUAACAUCAUCGACAACAAUGAUACACAGCUCCAGAUCAUCUCUACCCUGGAAAGCACGGAUGUGGGAAAGAGAAUGUAUGAACAGCUGUGUGACAGGCAGAGGGAAUUAAAAGAACUGCAAAGGAAAGGUGGUCCCACACGGUUAACCCUGCCAUCCAAAUCCACAGAUGCAGACCUGGCCCGGUUAUUAAGCUCGGGAUCCUUUGGAAAUUUGGAAAACCUCAGCCUGGCCUUCACCAAUGUAACAAGUGCCUGUGCUGAGCACCUCAUCAAACUGCCUUCGCUCAAGCAGCUGAACCUGUGGUCAACUCAGUUUGGAGAUGCAGGUUUGCGGCUUCUCUCUGAACACCUCACCAUGUUGCAAGUGCUCAACUUGUGUGAGACUCCCGUCACAGAUGCUGGGCUGCUGGCAUUGAGCUCUAUGAAAAGCCUGUGUAGCUUAAAUAUGAACAGCACCAAACUUUCAGCAGACACCUAUGAAGAUCUCAAGGCUAAAUUGCCCAACCUGAAGGAAGUGGAUGUGCGCUACACCGAAGCCUGGUGAACUCUCUCUCUCUCUCUCUCUCUCUCUCUCUCUCUCUCUCUCUAGCUUCUGACAAGAAGAAAAAGAUUUUAAAAACAAAACCAGAAAAUAAAACAACUUUUGGCUAAGACCUGUAGAGCAGUGAGUUCUGGGACUACACGUCUAGCAGUUGUGGUUGUGAGAUAGAGGAGUCGCUGUGUGGGGGGGAGGGUGAACUGAGCAUGCCCAGACCCUGCCUAAUUCUUUCAGCUUUGUAAUUUGAAAAUCAACAUAAUUUAAAUUGGAAAAAAAAAAGACAACUUUGUAACAGCAAGAGGAUUCUAAAGAGGAGGGGAAAACACCAUCCUUUGUGGAUUUUAUUUGCCUUUGUGUUUUAUGGUGUGUAGAGGAAAAAAACAGAAUACAUCAAUUUCUUAUGGUUUUAAUUGGGUUCCCUCAGCUGGAGUUCAUCCAUUAGGAACUCCUCCUCCUUCACCGUUUUUGUUCCAGGAAGGCAGUCUACAAAACAUCAAG